AUCUCCAAACCACUCCCUCAACAAAGCUACCUUGCUCUUGCCUGGACGACCACUCUCAGUCUGCUCGUCGUCAAGACCACAUUGGCAGUCUCCGAGUCCUCCGUGCAGUGUUUUCAGUAAGCAGCAAUCGGAAGAUGCUGUGGCUGGGAGUGAUCUUUGUUAUUUGCAUGGUGGACGGGCAAAGUCUUGCUGCAGUCAACUGUGGCUCCCGAAGUUCCUGCCCUGGGUACCUUGAACUCGCUCGUCAGAAAAGCAAUCCUUCGCUACAACUUUUCUUCGGGACAGUAUUAGGCAAAGAGUUGCUGAAGUUCACCGAAAGAUGCUGCAAUUCUCUUAUUCCAUCUGAGGAAGAAUGCGGCAUCUCUGAACCGACAGGUCCUAUAACAGACCUCCAGCGGCGUGGCGCAUGGCCCUGGUACGCAGCCCUCAGUCCCUAUCCCGGCGACGAAUUUUUGGUGGUUUGCGGAGGAACACUUAUUACCCGACGCCAUGUACUCACCGCGGCUCACUGUUUGGUUUUACCAAAUUCAUUAACUCUGAAAUACACCCGCCUUGGUGAGUACGAUUUGAAUGUCAAGAACGAGGCCAAUUACGUUGAGCUUGGCUUCGCGAGGUAUGAGGAAGCUGGGUAUGACGCUAACAGAGACAUCGCCAUCAUCACUCUGGAUUCUGAUGUCGAGUUUAAUGAUUUCAUACGGCCAGCCUGCCUUCCAUUCAACUACGAAGAUGAGGACUUCGUGAACCAACAUCUCGCCGUUGUUGGUUAUGGCCACACUUCGGAUGGCAGAUCAUCUCCAGUGCCCGUGGCCGCAGUGGUUCCGGUGGUUGACUUGGCUACAUGCAAACAAAAGUAUCGUAAUAGUGAUCGAAUCACGGACUCUGUCAUAUGCGCAGGGAAUGGCAAUGAUGCAUGCCUGGGCGACGGUGGGUCGCCGCUCAACUACUUCGACGUAAACACAAGCAGAUUCUACGUGGUUGGCAUUGUGUCGUUUGGAUCGAAUGCCUGCGGUUUAUCAGGUAUUCCAGGUGGCUACACGCGCGUUGGAGCCUACCUAGGCUGGAUUAAUGAUACCAUCAGCAAUGAUCCUGCUUGAAACAGCUGGAGUUAUGUGUACCCCCUCCUUCCCACUAUUUGGAAAGAGUUUUUUUAAUCAGUUGAGAGGAUAAUUUAUUUUAAUUGACUAGUAUUUUUGCCCUUGUAUUUCUCAACUGGUGUAUAUUUUUCCGAUUUGGUAAUUUCAGAUUCUGCUUUCCUGUGCGAAUUGCAAAUAACUUUUGUGAUAGGUGCUAUAGUCAGUAAUUUGUAUGAUUAAAUAAAUACUAGCUUCGUCA